UCAGUGUGUGCGUGUGUGGGCUGCUCUCUGUGCGAAUACCUCCGUAGGUUACAAACAUUCAACACUCCGGACUCCAGCGAAAAACAGCCGUGGAAAAUGUUUGGACCUGGAGAACUAUAGCUGCCGCAACGUGACAUGGAAAUUUUGACGACGUAACAUUAGUCUCUCUAAGCUCGAUCGAAGGACGAGGAGCUAUGCGAGCUUGACAAACAGAUGAGUGGUUUCCAUCACCAACCACUCAGGAUGAAAGCACAAAGUGAAGAGGAGGAAUAUUAUCAUCCUCAUCGGAUUAUCUUUGCGCAUUUGGUUUCUCAAAUUUGAACCAAAUUCACAAAACAACAUCAAAAAUGAUACCAGGAUUGAUCACCCAGGAGUUACACCAGCAGCUCCUGGACCUGAAGAAUUACCAAAAUCGCACAAAUGGAGUUGAAGAGCUCAAACAUAUACUGUCAGAGGUGGAUAUGAAAUCAGUCCCUUCUGGUAGUAUUGAGGAGCUAAUCCACUUCUUCCCUAGACUUCUGGAUGACAGUAAUUUCAAAGUAUUUUACGGCACUUUACAAAUUUUAAAUAUACUCAUUCAGAAGCUAGGUAAAUGUGUCGACAGAUAUUUCAAACAGAUAGUCUUAGUUGCUCUGAAGGCUCUUGGGGACACCCGUGCUGUCACCAAAAUUGAGUAUAUGAAUGUGUUUCAUCAGCUGAUGAAAACUAUACCACCGCAGCAAAUACUGGAUCUUGUCAUUGGCAACUUGAAACACAAGAAUUCAAGGGUCCGAGAGGAUGUACUCAAUAUCAUUAUGGCUGCUCUGCUCACUCAUCCUAGGAAAGAUUUCAACAUCCCUAAGCUUUGUUUUGAAGUAGCACCCUAUCUGGCAGACAGCAAGAGGAAAGUCCGCCACGCUGCUCUUGAGCUGUUUGCUGUCUUUGACUGUUGUCUUGAAACAGGGAAAAGGCAGCCUCUUAUGAAAGCUGUAGACAUGGUUGAACUUAAUGAGGACGCAGAGGGUCUCAUGGCAGCUGUACAGGCAAGGAGAGCAAGGCAUGUCCUUCCAAAACUCUCCUCGGAUGGGACAGUGGAGUAUGGCUUGGUGAUGCCGAAACCAGGGCAGCGGUCCUCCUUUCAGAAUGGCUCUGGGGCCGACCUGGAUUGGGUGAUGAAUGGAGGACGGACAAGCAGUGCCAGGAGUCACCGAACUGAUUCAGACUGUGAGCGAUUUUACAGCUAUGGCAGCUUAGGUUCCCUCACUGACGACCUUCCUCUUCAAAGGAGGAUUGUAAGUGCAGGUAAAGGGAAGAACAAACUACCCUGGGAUAUGACAAGCUCCUCAUCCACAGAGACUGACCAGCAGUGUGGUACGCCUAAUGGAAAGAUCUCCGAACAGGCAGCCAUUGAAGAUUUCCCUCCCUCAUCCAGGAAGCUGAGUCCAGAUACCUAUGUACCCAGUUUCAGUUCUGCUGAGCCUCAGAAGCCACAAUCUGCCAGAAGAAGGGCAUCUCCUGCUCGUCUAAGAAGAAGUGGGAGCCUCAACUUGGACCCUGACAUAUUUAAAAACAACUUUUCUGACCCAGAUAUUGCGGCACCUAAGGGACGCAUGCUCUUAAGGAACCCGAGUGUUGAGCGCACUUUUUCUCUCCCAUCAAACCCAACAACAUCCGGCUCCUUCCUUCUGCCCUCCUACCCACUAGCUACACUCCCAGGAGGUGUGCUUACUCCAACGCUGUCCCGCCGUCGUGCAGAUUCAUCCCUCUCUAUGUCAAACACCUGGCCUAACAAGAGAGAGAACAGCCCCCACCCAUGGGACACCAGCCCUUGGAGAGAGACUGCAAGUGCAGCAAAAGGGGAGAAUAUUUCUAGCAGAGGCUCUCCUCUGCCUCUCCGUGCCUCCCUUGUGAGUUCUUCUUCCGCUUCAUCAUUCCGACGGGCACUGAGCAGUCCAAGAACUACCUUAUCUAUCUCACCAGUCAUGCCUACAGCAGAGCAGGUCCAAGCUCAUAACACCCAGAGAUCCAUUACACCAGGCAGUCCUCUGAAGCAGCUAGAAAGGGAUACUGAAAACAGCAGUCCAGCACAAGAUAUUCAAGAGGAUGAUCCACUGGAUUUGCAGGAGAUGCUGAACUCCUUGCGGUCACUGCGAAACAGUGCUGCCAAAAAGAGGGCAAAGGUGAGCCUAAGUAGUUCAGAUGCAGACCCAGACAGCCCUGACUCAGCUGUGAGGCUGGACCCUGGCCUGGACUCACCUUCACACACCUCUCCAAUGCCUUUGGAGAAAGACAGUGGAGAGAGCAGUCUGUCCAGUCUGAGUUCAGUUGCCAACUCCAGCUUCAAUGGCAUCAAAAGCCCCAGAAACUCGGCAUCUUCGGGAAUGAAACCCCGCAUUGCAAGAGUGCCUUCUGCAAAACUGAGGACUUCCGUUUCCACUGACUUCAGCAGCCUUCAAGGAUUGUCACAGAGAAAUGAAUUGUCAUCUGAGGUGGGUGUUGUUGGACAGAGAGUCACUUACUCCAAUGGAACAAUCAAACCUGAGGAAGAGAUGACAGGACCAUCCCCUCCUUUGGUCAAAGCAGCCGCACGUGAAUCAGUCAGAGCUCUAAAGCCUGCCAAAGGAUCUAGGAGCGACAGCAGCAGGAACUCACCUGCCACAGACAUGCCUGAAGGAGUCAUUGGAAGAGGCAUGUUUGGCACUGCAGUGUCCUGCAUUCAUCCAGGAGCUGCCUUGUCACUUGAGCAGCCUGAUUCUACAGCCAAACCCCCCACCGAUCCCUUAUCAGGCAUCUACAGUGAUGACAGCCCAUGCUCAGAUGAGGUUAAGCAGAGGGUGAAGAAUACAAGGUUUAGCCGGGACAGGAUGCGUCUGCAGGGUCUCGACCAGGAGGAGGAGCAGUUUAUUCAAAGGGACCAGACACGGGAGAAGAUUCGCCAUCGAGUCAGACAGAUGUUGUCUGACUCACCCACAGAGGAAAACAGAGCAUUGAUCAUCAAAGAUCUGCAUCUGAAUGGCAGCACACUGCCCACCACCAAAGCAGAGCCUCUCUCUGAUGAGUCUCCCAUCAGCCCCACCAGUCCUAUCAGCCCACCAGGACCUCAGAGCCCCCUCAAGUGCUUCACUCCACCCCACCAGCCGAGCCCCCCCACAGUGCCCCCCAACCCUAAAAAUCUGUCACGUGUUCGGAGGGCCCCCAGCCUCAGCAGAACAAGACCAUCGCUGUCUCACAGCUCAGAUGAGCUGUCUCCUGGUGCUGUGGGCCACAAGAAAAACCUGUCAGAUCCUCAGGAGCUGUGUCCGUUUUCCAAACCAGACUUGGCACUGACACAGAGUUUCAACCUGCUGAGCUCUGAAGACUGGGAGAAGAAGAUCGAGGGGCUGACAUUUUUACGCAGUCUGGCUCACUUCCACUCAGACACACUCCAAGGCAGGCUUCAUGAUAUCUGCCUUUGUCUUAUUCAAGAGGUGAAGAACCUGCGGUCAGGUGUGUCCAGGGUGGCAGUGUGCACACUGGGUGACCUGUACACACACCUGCAAAAGGCGAUGGACCAGGAGCUGGAGGGGACAGCUAAAGCUUUGCUGCAGAAAGCUGGCGAGACUAACGCCUUCAUCAGACAGGAUGUGGAUGCAGCUCUGGAGAGCAUGGUUCUGCAUUGCACACCGACUCGGAGCAUCAACGCGCUACUCUCUGGAGGACUCAGUCACCUCAAUGCAGUGGUAAGAAAAUGCACUGCCCAGCACCUGGCUAAUCUGGUGGAGAAGGUUGGUGCUGCCCGUCUUCUCUCUGGAGGUAAAGAUCUCACAGACAGAAUUUUACCUGCUGUUGCCAGACUUGCACAAGACUCCUCACAGGAAGCCAGGUACUUUGGGCGUCGGAUGCUGCUCUCUCUUUCAUCCCACCCUGACUUUGACAAGAUCCUGGAGAAAUAUAUCCCCACCAAAGACCUGCCAACUGUUAGAGACACCGUCUUCACUCUUAAAACCAAGGGUCUGGGUGAGAUGCCCCAAGACACCCAGUCAGCCAGGGGGAGACGCUCCCUCCCAGGCAGCGGUACAGUCAGGGCUUCAUCGCUCACCAGAGAGCCACUCAUUAACAGGGAGUCAAACAGCCAUUACGGCUGCAGAUCUCAGGUUCAGAGUAUUGCAGACAAAAGUGAAUACAUCAAGCAGAUCUCAGGUCUGCUGGGUUCAAAGGACUUCAGAGAAAGGAUCAAAGGAAUCGACCAGCUCACAGCUGACUGCCAGAGCAACCCCAACUUGGUCAUCAAUAGUAUUUUUCCGGUGUUUGAUGCCUUUAAAGCCAGGCUGCAAGAAUCAAACAGCAAGGUUAACUUGCACGCACUCGAGUCUCUACAGAAAAUCAUCCACUUGUUAAAGGACAACCUGUCCCAAGUGGUCAACAUCCUUGUCCCAGCAAUUGUCGACAAUCACCUCAACUCCAAAAAUAACGCCAUAUACUCUGCUGCUAUUGGAGCUAUUAAUGCACUUAUCUCAAAUCUUGAUAAUGUACUUCUUCUUCAGCCUUUCUGCACCAAGGCUCAGUUUUUAAAUGGCAAAGCAAAGGUGGAUCUUAUUCAAAAGGUUGCAGACCUUGUGAUGGAGCUGUACCCUCGCAAGCCCCAGAUGGUGGAGCAGAAGGUGCUACCCUUGCUGUGGCACCUUCUGGGUACCUCUACCCACAGCGGCACCAUUCAUGGCCGGGGCGGCAGCGUGAGGGGUGCUACUGCCAACCUGUGCCAAGCCCUUUACGCCCAGAUGGGGUCCAGCCUGAUGGAGUGUGCUGCCUCCCAGCCUGCCAAUGUCCAUAAAGGUUUAAACGAGGUCCUGAGGACCUUAUCUUAAAGGUAAAACAGGAUCCCAUCACAUCCAAAUGUUGGAAGAAGAUUUACACUGAUCUUACUUGAAGACAGAGAUGUUCUACAUUUCUUCCAGUGCCUGCACUUUUAUAUCAACAAAUAGAAAGUCCUUAAAAAAUAGGAGCUCUUAUUCUUAUCUCAGUGAGAUUUCCUCUGGUUCAGAAGCAUAGACGUUUGUAACAUACUGACAUCAGGUCUUACACAAACUCAACCUGCUCUCUCUGCACUUUGAAAAGGUAGCUCAUCAUGAUAGACAUCAUGACUCAUACAUUUCAUCAUCCAAUGAUUGUUGCUUUUUUCAUCAACUUAACAUGUACUGUAGACAAAUCAGAGACACUAUCACAGAAUGUAAAAUGAAAAUGCACAAAAAGUUGAAGACAGGGACCUGAAAGGUGUAUAUUUUGCUGUUUCAUCAAAUGUGAUGUGAUAAUUUCAAAUUGUCUCAUAUAGUUUUAAAGAUUUGUGAUUUAAAAUUAACAAGAAAAGUACAAAAGACUUUUGUACAACUCAAUUGUGUAUUUGCACAGUAUUAGCUUGAUCUGUAAUCGUAUGCUGUAUGGCGGUACAGUUUAUAAUUUAUCUAUUGUGUAACAGUUUUAAUGUCCUUUUAAUGAUGUGCUCAGCUGGUACAGUCUUCUUUUUUUUGCAUGACCAAAACUUGCUGGCAGGAUUAAAAUUGUGUAUAUUUUUGCUAUGAGAAUAUAUCUAUGUACACUGAUGCCUAGAUCAAGGUUGGGUUCCAAUCAUCUCUCCAGGGUUGGGACAGCUGGAAAGGAAAGAAGACCAGUUGUACGACAAUGUUUGCCUAAGAAACCGUGACGGUCCAGAUCUGAUUGUGUCUCAGUAUAGUGCCAGUCUUCAAGUAGCCUUUUAACUCAUCUAUUGUUAAAUUAUAUUGAACUUGUUUGUGAACAAGGCAAAGACAGAUUGAUAUAUUAAUAAAGUGUUUUAUUUCUGUAAAA